AGACCAUGAAAACAUGAUCUAUUCAUUAUUAUGAUUAAACAAACAGCAAUUAGAUUAAUAAAAAGAAAUAAAGAAGGUGGCUCUUGAAACAAGAACUUGUAUACUCUUGUUUCCUCUAUAAACAAAACAUGGGUUUUCCCCCUCUACAAUCCCAAAACAAAUCAACAGUCCUAUUCUCUCAACAAUGUCUGAAACCUUAAGGAAUCUCUCACUUUCUCCCAAAAACUUCUCCUUCACCUUCACCUUGUUUCUCUUAUUAAACUCUUUUCUUCUCAUUCCAUUUUCUUACUCUUACUCACCACUCAAUGAACAAGGACAGGCUCUUCUAGCAUGGAAAAACAGCUUAAACAAUACUUCAGAAUCUUUAGAAGCACUGUCAUCAUGGAACUCUUUGGCCACAACACCAUGCAGCAACUGGUUUGGAGUGUUUUGCAAUCCACAAGGAGAUGUGAUAGAGAUAAACUUGAAAUCGUUGCGUUUACAAGGCGAGUUGCCUUCGAAUUUUCAGCCGCUGAAGUCCUUGAAGAGACUCAUCCUCUCAUCAACAAACCUCACCGGAAGGAUACCGAAAGAGAUUGGAGAUUAUCACGAGCUCGCUGUCGUUGAUCUAAGUGGAAACUCUUUGGUUGGUGAAAUACCAGAAGAAGUUUGCAGGCUAAGCAAGCUUGAGAGUUUGUUUCUUCACACGAAUUUCUUCGAAGGAGACAUUCCGUCCGACAUUGGAAAUCUAACUAGUCUUGUGAACUUUACACUCUAUGAUAAUCAUCUGAGUGGCGAAAUUCCAAAGAGUGUUGGUUUGUUGAACAAGCUUCAAGUGUUUAGAGCUGGUGGGAAUAAGAAUCUCAAAGGUGAGAUUCCUUUCGAGAUUGGAAACUGCACAAACUUGAUCCUAUUAGGCCUUGCAGAAACAAGUAUUUCCGGAAGCAUUCCUUCUUCGAUCCAAAUGCUGAAGAGAAUCAGAACUAUAGCCAUUUACACGACUCUCUUAUCGGGCUCGAUUCCACCAGAGAUUGGAAAUUGCAGUGAGUUGCAGAAUCUUUACUUGUAUCAGAACUCGCUCUCGGGUUCAAUUCCAUCUCAAAUCGGAGAACUCAACAAUUUGAAGAGUUUACUCUUAUGGCAGAACAAUUUAGUAGGUACUAUACCAGAAGAGCUUGGAAGGUGCAAAGAGAUUCAAGUCAUUGACUUUUCGGAAAAUCUUUUAACAGGUAGCAUACCGAAGAUUCUCGGGGAGCUUUCAAAUCUUCAAGAGCUUCAACUGAGUGUGAAUCAUCUCUCGGGUAUCAUACCUGCCGAGAUUUCAAAUUGCGUUUCAUUGACUCAACUUGAAGUUGACAACAAUGCUCUAUCUGGUGAGAUUCCUCCUCUUAUUGGCAACUUGAGAAGCUUGAAUUUGUUCUUUGCAUGGCAGAACAAGUUAACAGGAAAAAUUCCGGAUAGUCUUUCGGAUUGUCAAGAACUUCAAUCACUCGAUCUUUCUUACAAUAAUUUGAUCGGUACAAUACCGAAAAAGCUAUUCAAUUUGAGGAACCUCACAAAACUUUUGCUUAUUUCCAACGAUUUAUCGGGUUUUAUACCACCUGAUAUAGGAAACUGCACAAACCUCUAUAGACUUAGACUGAAUCACAAUAGAAUAUCAGGUGACAUUCCGAAUGAGAUCGGUAACUUGAAAAGUUUGAAUUUUGUGGAUAUAAGUAGCAAUCAUCUAGUUGGUGAGAUUCCUUCAACACUUUCUGGAUGUCAAAAUCUUGAGUUUCUUGACUUUCAUUCGAAUAGUCUUACCGGUUCGAUUCCAGAUUCUCUUCCUAAAAGCCUACAAUUGAUUGAUUUGUCCGACAAUAGUCUAUCAGGUGAAUUGAGUCACACCAUUGGUUCGUUAGUCGAGUUAAGCAAACUAAACUUAGGAAAGAAUCAAUUAAGUGGAAGAAUCCCAUCAGAGAUUUUGUCUUGUACUAAGCUGCAGCUUCUAGACCUUGGAAGCAACGGUUUCACCGGAGAAAUUCCGAAGGAAUUGAGUCUAAUUCCUUCACUAGAAAUCUCUCUUAAUCUCAGUUUCAACCAUUUUUCUGGUGAAAUACCAUCACAAUUCUCGAGUCUUAGAAAACUCGGAGUGCUUGAUCUCUCACAUAACAAACUCUCUGGGAAUUUAGAUUCUCUUUCCGACCUUGAAAAUCUUGUUUUGUUAAAUGUUUCCUUCAAUGCCUUCUCUGGUAAGUUACCUAACACUCCUUUCUUUCGUAAACUCCCUCUUAGCGAUCUUGCCGAAAACGAAGGACUUUACAUUGCUGGAGAUAUUGCAACUCCUGGUGAUAGAAUGGAAUCCAAAGGACAUGCAAAACCGGUUAUGAAAUCUGUUAUGUCUAUUCUAUUAAGCACGAGUGCGGUGGUAGUUCUGCUCACAGUCUAUGUCUUGAUUCGUUCGCACAUGGCAGAAAAAUCGCUCAUGGAAAAUGAAAGUUGGGAGGUGACUUUGUAUCAAAAGUUUGAUCUCUCCAUUGACGACAUUGUCUUGAAUCUGACAUCGUCCAACGUGAUUGGCACCGGAAGUUCAGGAGUUGUUUACAAGGUAACAAUUCCAAACGGUGAAACACUUGCGGUUAAAAAGAUGUGGUCAUCAGAAGAAUCGGGAGCAUUCAAUUCCGAAAUUCAAACGUUAGGCUCAAUCCGACACAAGAACAUCAUUAGGCUUCUCGGUUGGGGAUCCAACAGGAAUCUGAAGCUUCUGUUUUACGACUAUCUUCCCAACGGAAGCCUUAGCUCGUUACUUCAUGGUUCGGGAAAGGGAAAAGCGGAAUGGGAAACACGAUAUGAUGUUGUAUUAGGUGUGGCUCAUGCACUUGCAUAUUUGCACCAUGAUUGUGUUCCUGCUAUAUUGCAUGGAGAUGUCAAAGCCAUGAAUGUUUUAUUAGGUCCAAGCUAUCAACCUUACCUUGCUGACUUCGGCUUAGCAAGAAUCGCAACUGAAAAUGACGAUGAUACUAAUUCGAAGCCAGCUCAAAGACAUUACCUUGCUGGUUCAUAUGGAUACAUGGCUCCUGAACAUGCAUCAAUGCAGCCUAUAACUGAGAAAAGUGAUGUUUACAGUUAUGGUAUGGUUCUACUUGAGGUCUUAACAGGAAGGCACCCUUUAGAUCCAUCUCUUCCGGGAGGCGCAAACAUGGUUCAAUGGGUUAGGAACCAUUUAUCUAGCAAAGGCGAUCCUUCUGAAAUUCUCGACACAAAGCUCAGAGGAAGGGCUGACCCUACCAUGCAUGAAAUGCUACAAACUUUAGCAGUAUCAUUUCUCUGUGUAAGCACGAGAGCGGCUGAUCGUCCAGCAAUGAAAGACGUCGUUGCAAUGCUCAAGGAAAUUAAACCGGUUGAGACAUCAAGAGCAGACACUGAUGUAUUGAAACUAGGAGGCUUAACAUCAUCUCAUAAUUCUCCACCACCUCCUAAGAAUGUACUUUCGCAUGGAUCUUCUACUUGUUCCUAUAAUUUCUCGGACGGUUGAUUCAAUUCAAUCAGUUGAGCAAGAACACGUUAUAUCAGGUCUAUGUAGCACUGACACCACAGAUUAAAGUCGUGUCUGAUGUCUAACACGUGUCAGUCUACUGCAACGCCAAAAUAGACCUUGAAUUAUUAGUUAGUGAUUUUAUGGCAAUCUAGUGUGGUAAUUUUCUACCCUUUUAAUGUAACUUUGCAUAUUUCAAGAAACCAUAUAUUAUUGAGUAUAUAUAAAUAAAUAUUAUUUCUUUCUUUA